ACAACUACGCUUGUCUCUUCUCUGUAAAAGUUCUGAAACUUCGAAAGCUCUCGCGCUCUACUCGAUCUGCUCUAACUCUUCACAUCACCGGUCUCUCUUGCUUCAGCGUCAGUGAAAAAGCAUCGAAAAUGUCUUUGCGAGUUCUGAAUCCAAAUGCUGAAGUUCUCAACAAAUCUGCUGCUCUGCACAUGAACAUCAAUGCCGCUAAGGGUUUACAGGAUGUUCUCAAGACCAAUCUUGGACCUAAAGGCACCAUCAAGAUGCUUGUUGGUGGUGCUGGAGACAUCAAACUCACUAAAGAUGGAAAUACUCUCUUGAAGGAAAUGCAAAUUCAAAACCCAACGGCUAUUAUGAUUGCAAGGACGGCUGUGGCCCAAGAUGAUACAAGUGGUGAUGGUACAACUUCUACGGUUCUUUUCAUUGGCGAGCUCAUGAAACAAUCGGAACGUUACAUUGAUGAAGGGAUGCAUCCACGUGUAUUAGUUGAUGGUUUUGACAUAGCGAAAAGAGCAACUCUACAAUUUCUUGAGAAAUUCAAGACACCUGUUGUGAUGGGUGAUGAGCCUGACAAAGAGAUUUUGAAAAUGGUCGCAAGAACAACACUUAGGACGAAGUUGUAUGAAGCUUUGGCAGAUCAAUUGACAGAUAUAGUAGUUAAUGGGGUUCUCUGCAUUCGCAAGCCUGAUGAGCCUAUUGACUUGUUUAUGGUGGAAAUUAUGCAUAUGCGCCAUAAGUUUGAUGUAGAUACACGUUUGGUUGAGGGUCUUGUCCUUGAUCAUGGUUCUAGGCAUCCUGAUAUGAAACGAAGAGCAGAGAAUUGUUACAUUUUGACUUGUAAUGUAUCACUGGAGUACGAGAAGAGUGAGGUAAAUGCAGGAUUUUUCUACUCAAAUGCAGAGCAGAGAGAAGCAAUGGUUGCUGCUGAAAGGCGUCAAGUUGAUGAGAGAAUUAAAAAGAUCAUUGAACUGAAAAACAAGGUUUGCUCAGGCAAUGACAACAACUUUGUUGUUAUCAAUCAGAAAGGGAUUGAUCCUCCAUCACUGGACCUUUUUGCUAGAGCAGGGAUCAUUGCACUGCGUAGAGCAAAGAGAAGGAACAUGGAGCGGCUUGUUUUGGCUUGUGGAGGGGAGGCUGUGAAUUCUGUGGAUGACUUGACUCCAGAUUGUCUGGGAUGGGCUGGUCUAGUGUAUGAGCAUAUUCUUGGGGAAGAAAAGUAUACUUUUGUUGAGAAUGUGAAGAACCCUCUGUCUUGUACAAUUUUAAUAAAAGGACCUAAUGACCAUACUAUUGCUCAAAUUAAGGAUGCUGUUCGUGAUGGUCUGAGAGCAGUCAAAAAUACAAUUGAAGAUGUAGCAGUUGUAUUGGGUGCAGGAGCUUUUGAAGUUGCAGCCAGACAGUACCUAAUUAAUGAAGUUAAGAAAACCGUUCAAGGGCGUGCACAACUUGGUGUUGAAGCAUUUGCUGAUGCCCUUCUUGUGGUACCCAAAACUCUAGCAGAAAAUUCUGGCCUUGACACUCAAGAUGUUAUCAUUGGGCUCACGGGAGAGCAUGACAAGGGGAACAUUGUGGGAUUGAACCAGCAUACUGGAGAGCCAAUUGACCCUCAAAUGGAGGGCAUUUUUGAUAACUACUCUGUCAAGCGCCAAAUCAUAAACUCAGGGCCUGUCAUUGCAUCCCAAUUGUUGCUUGUUGAUGAGGUAAUUCGUGCUGGUCGAAACAUGCGGAAGCCAAAUUAGUUCCUCCCUUUUUUGGGUUUUGACUGUUUCCUCUGCAUUUGGGGUGAACAUCUGUUUUGCAAGAUGGGGUCUGCACUUUUUUUUGGCUGAUGAACUACUUGAGAGUAGGGGCAUUGCCCAAGUGUUGAGUGGUGUCGUCAAUUUUGUAUAAUUACUGAACCUGUUCAUUUAGAAGAAAAAAUGUAGACUUUGAAGUU